AUGGUCGCCAUUCGAUAUCUCCUCCAAGCCCUGGUGGCUUCGACACUCGACACCACCGUCCUAAGUAGGGCAAUCAAACCACAACACCACGGCCUGCCAGAGACACAGUAUCCACUAGGACAUUAUCCCCAAGAUAAACCAGGCUGUGACGGCUCUGGCGUCAUUGCGCCCGGUAAUGGUGAUUGCAAUGGCGAUGGCCUCAUCGACAAACCCAAUCCCCGACGAAGAGACCGAGAGGGGUUCCACUUUGAGAAUCCUUCGACGGAUUGUGCAUACGUGACGCAGAUGCACAUCUGGGAUUCGUUCAAGGAUUUGGAAAAGGACAUGAACAAGUUGUUCACGCUGAUCCAUAAGGAUGUGAAUUUCACGGUGGUUGGACACCAUCCUAUUGCGGGUCAUUAUAAUGACCUGAUGCAUUUCUAUGUCAAUGCUCUUCGUCGAGUCAGUGUCUUGUUCAUGGACCAUGCGGAUAGGUUCGAGAUCCAUCCUCAAGCCAUUCACGGGGGUUGUAAUGAGCGAUGGUCGGUUCAGGAGGUUCAGUUCAAAGGAAUCAUGAAUUCUGUAUUAUUUACAAUGUCCGAUUCUGCCAUACGAAAGCGCUCUCGCGUCGCCUGCACGUCCUGCCAGUCUCGCAAGCGCAAAUGCUCCGGAGGCCAACCAUGCACCAUCUGCGCCCAAUUCGGCACCGAAUGCCACUACGAUUACUUCUCCCGCAAGAAAAAAGACGUCAAACCAAAUCCGUAUGCUAAUGUACUCCAUACGGCACCAACAGCGGCAACGACAGCUACCUCCAAUUCGAGCGAUCUGACCACCACCGCGGACGAGAAGAGGAGCCGCAGCCCGGUUGAGCCGGACCAUAUUCAUUCCACCUCCCUCGAAGCCAAUUCAGGCGCUGCGUUUGUGAGACGUUUAGGCCUGAAGCUUGAGACGGCACAUGCACCGCGAUUACAUUUGUUUGCUUGGAAUGCCGGGGCUCGUACGCCGUCCGCAGAGUCGUUGGCAUCAUCGUCCGCCGCCACGGGGUCGACCAUAGUCGACAUCGUCUCGCAGGAUGAGAUGCGCUCCUUGAUAGCAGUUUGGUUUGAGAAAAUCGACCCUUGCUACGGAUUCAUCGAUCGCGAUCAUCUCCUCCGCCAGGUCAGUCGGCGAUGGCUACCCCCUUCAUCCGAAUCAGCGCUGGGGCCCAGCUCCUAUGACGCGGUGCUGUGCGGGCUGGCGGCGAUGGGAAUGCUCUUCUCGCGACGGAAGGGGUCAAUCGCAGAAGCCAGGGUCGUAGAAUCCGGACGAGAAAUCCUCGAGAAACACGUCACCUCCGAUUCCCCCUCUCCUGCCAUCAUCACUGGCUGGAUCCUACGAGUCUCAUAUCUCCGCAUGACGGCGUCCCCCCACACAGCUUGGAUAGCCAGCUGCACGACAAUGCACCUCGUCGAGGCCGCCGGAAUGCAUCUCGAGAAUCCCUCGGAUAAUGGCUUCCUCCGACAAAACGACGAGAGCUACUGCAAUCCUGAACUGCGUCGCAGGCUGUUCUGCAUGGCCCGCCACCUCAACGUCUGGGUGUCCUUUGAGCUAGGCCGCUCGCGAGUCGUCCUACACGGCGCAAACUCUGUCGCUCCAGCGCGCAGGGUUGACGUCAACACAACCCAGUUCUACACCGAGAUAUUCGAACUGCUCCCUGUCUCCGAGAGCCUGGAUCCAGUUCGAUCGUCAGACUCUUCAGAUCUUGAAGGCAUACUGUCCGAUGUCCUGGAUGGAGAGUACGUCCCGUACAUCCUCAUCCUCGUGCAAUGCAACCUCGUCCUCUGUAUAUACCGCCGUCUCCGCGCGCUCAGCCACUCCAUCUCCGCAAAACUACUCGAUCGCAUCGUCGCGCUCGCCGCGAAAGCCCUCCACGCCACCCGCGAACUCACAGCCGAUGUCUGUCCAUGGCAUUACAUCGCCAUAGUCCCCUUCCAGGUUGUCUGUACACUGCUAGCAAUGGAUAACCGCAAGUCCCUAGCCUUGUUGGGCGACGCAAUGCAGACCCUCGGCGAAGUUGCCGCUGCAUACGACACAGACGUCAUGCGGGAGGCAUACAGCACAGCAUACCUGCUUAUCCUGCUACACCAGCGACGGAAAGAAGAAGAUACAAGGGUCAUUGGGGAUGUGUUGCAGGUCAACAGCGUUGCAUCGCUAUUGACACCGCAUCACGCUGCUGCUUCUGCUUCUGCUUCUGCGCCAGCGCCUGCUCGUACUCAUGCUCAUGCUCAUCAGCAGGCUGCUGCUGCGCCUGAUGACGCUACUGCGAACUUUUACGAUGGUGCAUCUACUUCUACUGCUGAGAGCAAUCAUAUCAACCAUGCGCACGCACACGCGCACGCGCACGGUGUGCCACUGCCGACACACUCUGAGUUCUCGUGGCUGGGCGAUUUAAUGAUUGAUAUGCCGAGUUUGCAGAAUUUCGAUCUCGAUCAAUUUCUUACUACCGAUGUACCUUGGCCGUUGCCGGAGAUGGGGAUUUAG